GUGUUAGCGUUUGGAGGAGGAGAAACACGUGAAAAGCAGGCUUCUCCUUGAAAUACUGAUUUGUUUCUUGUUAGAUCAGAAUUGAUCGGAUCGGAGGAAAAGUGAAUUAGAAGGAUGUUCUUGGUAGAUUGGUUCUAUGGAAUUCUGGCAACCCUAGGGUUAUGGCAGAAAGAGGCUAAGAUCUUGUUUUUGGGCCUCGAUAAUGCCGGCAAAACCACCUUGCUCCAUAUGUUGAAAGAUGAGAGAUUGGUUCAACAUCAGCCAACACAAUACCCAACAUCGGAGGAGCUGAGUAUUGGAAAGAUCAAGUUCAAAGCAUUUGAUUUGGGUGGUCAUCAGAUUGCUCGCCGUGUUUGGAAAGAUUAUUAUGCUAAGGUGGAUGCUGUUGUAUACUUGGUGGACUCCUAUGACAAAGAAAGGUUUGCAGAGUCUAAGAAAGAGCUGGAUGCUCUCCUCUCUGAUGAGUCCUUGGCCACUGUUCCCUUUCUCAUAUUGGGUAACAAGAUAGAUAUCCCUUAUGCUGCCUCAGAAGAUGAACUGCGUUAUCAUUUGGGGCUAACAGGCGUCACCACUGGCAAGGGGAAGGUAAACUUGGCAGACUCCAAUGUCCGUCCACUUGAGGUGUUCAUGUGCAGCAUAGUCCGCAAAAUGGGAUAUGGAGAAGGCUUCAGGUGGCUGUCUCAGUACAUCAAGUAAUCGGUCUAGGAAGUGACAUUUGUUAUUCUGUUAUCAAGUGUUAUUUUUGUACUGGAUAAGUUCAAGAUGUCUGUUUAUCACUAUGGGCUAUAUAGUUUCUGUUUUUUCCCAGGUUUUCAGUGAAACGGUAUAAAACAGUGUUCUAUUACAUAUAUGUCUAGUCUACAUUUUGCUACA